AGUCAGAUUACUGUGGUGUGCUUGUAAUAUUUUAAUCCAGCAUGUUUGGAAAGAAAAAAACAACAGAAUAAACCAAAAUCAGAUUUUACCUGGAUUUUACUUGCUGUAGUAGCACAUAAUCAAAAGGUCACUGGUGCAUCAUUUCUAAGUGAUUAUCAGCAAGAAAUGUCAAUUUACCAACCAAAAGCUGGUUCGCUUCCUGAUGCUCUUGCCUGGACUCGGCCUCGCCUCUCUAACAUUGGUCCAAAACCACUAAAUCUGAGCUGUCCCUCUGAUAAGCUUCUAUCUAAUCUUGUCCACCCUGGUUACUCCCAGUCUUAUCAUUUUCAGUUCUGCCAUGUCCAGCUCACCCUCCUAUCUUUUUGCCAGUACAACUCCAUGCUGGUCCUACUCCUGCCUACCUACCUGUAUGGCAUGAGGUUCCCAUAGCACUGCUUUACUCUUACAAAAUGUCAUAAUAAAGGAAAUGUUAAGUUUGUCAAAAUAAGCUGUUAUUAAGAAAAAUCCAACCUCUCAUUGUGCAAAGUCAUCCCCUGGGCCAAUUUAGGGCCCAGUAUGUUUGAUGCACCUGGUUUAAAUGGUUUUUACUUGGUUCAUCCUGCCACUAGUGGGCGCUCCUGCUUGGUAAUUUGCCAUCAAUGCACUACACCUGCUUUGACCACAGCUUACUUGUGGAGCAGCCAGCCUGAGAGAUUCUCUGUGGGUUUUGGAGGACACGAUGCCUCGUUUGCCGUGUAUUUACUCAGACUUCUUCUAUGGCCCUCUGACUGAAGAUGUGGAGGAGCUACUGGGGCGCUUCCAGCAGAUAGACUCGGUCAGGUAUGAGGAUUUUUCAGCCCUCUGGAGGGAGAUGGGCUUCUCCGAUCUCUUCAUUGGCACCAUCAAUGCGGGUGAACUGAAGCGGCUCUGCAGGGUGACUCUGGCCACAGCUGUAAAGUACUUCCUACCUCCAUACAGCUACCAGAUCCGAGUGGGGGGCUUGUACCUGAUGUUUGGUUUCUACCACACGCAGCUUGCUGAACCACCUGUGAUGAUCCGGCUCGCUCUGAGAGACUGGACCCACGUGCAAGCCUUCCUCAAGGAAUCUGUAGAAUCCGACCAUCUUGAUGUAGUUUAUAUCUACAAGAAGCUUGUGGCAUCCAAAGCCAUCCACUACACGGCCAUGCCGCAUUUUCUGACCUUCCAGAAGCAGCAGAAGCCAAAGAAGGAACAUGUGUGCCCUGAGUUUCUGAGCAGGACAACCGCGGUGCGCGAGCUCAUCACUGCAGACACCCUGGAGGAGAUAGCCAACCUCCAGAGCCUGUACGAGAAGCUGAAGGAGACCACCAAGGAGGUGGGUUCCCAGAUCACCAUGACCCACAGAGACUUCACCUCAGGCCUCAGAGACUGCAUGUCAGAGUUCAUCACCUGGCAGAACAAAACUUUCACCUCAGAGCUACUCAAAGACAAGAAGGAAAGAGAUGAAGAAGAGGAGGAGGAAGAAGAAGAGGAGGAGGAAGAUGAGAAGGAGUCCUGCAGCAAGAGAGCGAGGCUUCUGUCCUCCAUCAAGCAGAAGAGCUACAGCAAUGUUCAGAAGGCGCCCAAGUCCAGGAGGCACCGGCAGGGUGAGCCAGCAGACUCGUCCAGUUCGGGGCCUGAGCAGGUCCAGCGGGUCCCACAGAAAAAAAGACCUCCUUCUCUCCGGGCCCGGACCCGGAAGAACCUCGGGGUGAAACAGGAGGACAGCAACCUGCCACCCUGGCUCCUGAGUGCUCCUGAGCUGGAGGACGGAGUGCCAGUGAGGAGGACCAACCAGGCAGAGCCCUACAGGAUGUGAAGGAGGAGAGAAGAUCAUUAAAAUCAGUUAAUCUACUGUGUUUGUCACUGUUCAACUGGAAUAAGUUAAACUAUAAAUAAAUGUUUUUGUUAUAGCUAAAAAAAAAAAAUCAUAAUUUGAAAGGCUUCAAUAUAUCUAAAAUAAUUUUUCUAUACAUUUUCAAAGCUAAAAUUAGAAACCAGUUAACUGUGUUUUGUGUUAAUUUAAUGAUAAACUGUUGCAGGUCUGAAUCCUUUUGUAAUCCUUAAUGAAUCAAGUGGAAAUAGAAAGAGAGAAUAAUAUAAUAGGUACCACCUUUGCAAUGGGGAAAAAAUAAAUGAGGAGGAAACUUUUAUCAUAGUUAAAAUUAGGUUAUAAGAAUUGUAAAAUGACCAAAUUUUGUCUUUUUUAUUUGAUUUAGCCUGUUUUUGUGUUACUAAGCCAGAUUUAUUCAAAGUUUUAAGGACCACAUUGUAACCGUUUUGAGUUUGAUUUAAUAUAAACUCUGAAUUACUUCUGGAGUUAUCCCCUUUGUAUAACAAAAACAAUAUAAAACACAUUCUGAGAACACAUCUAAUGCCCUAUCCAUUUGCAAAAAAAAGGGGGGCGGGGGACUAAGAGGGUUUAUUUAUAUAUUUAAUUAAAAUGUAUGGAUCCUAGUCUUUAAAUCACAAAAUGCUUAGAUUUCAAAUAAGAAGGGAAGCGUUUUGUGUAUGCUUUGUUAUUCAAGCAAUUAAAAUGUUAAACAUUUUAAUUUCAGUUUUUUUUCUUGUGUAUGAGUUCAGGUAUCUCCACUGCAGGAAUAGUAGUUCAUUUUAUUAAUGACACUUGUGUUAAAGCCA